ACUGCUUUCAGGCGCAGGGAAAAGAUUUCCUUCCUCGAUCCGAACUGAUCCUCUCACGCCCAACAGAUUCACCACACUUGUUAACCUUGGACCUUAAAUUCUUCUCUCCAUGUCAACAUCCUGACUCUUUUUUUAUCCUCUCCCCUCUCUCAACUGGAUCUUUUUAUAUUUUGCACCCUCUAAAAAUGCCCCCAAGUCACCGGGUAGAGUCCAACCAUCCUGCUUCCCACACUGUUUUUCAGCUGUCAGCGCUGGUCUGUAUGCAGACGACUAUCACCAUCUGACACCAUUCCAAUACUCUUCGGAAAUCCCUCAAGGUUGCGCCAUAUUACCCACUCGUGGACAUUUUUUUACCCAGACCAAUUAGAAUAUUUUUUACGCUGAGUAUUCGCCCGUCUUCAAAUCAUAUUACUCUUAACACCUUUUCCUGCUGCUCCUUUUUGCACCUCUGAAGCACCAUCAUGUGGUCCACUUUCAUCACGCAGAAUGAAGAGACCACAGGCAGUGCAGCCAGAGGACCCGAAGCGCUGACUGGAAUGAUGGGUGUGCGAUCAGGAGGUAAAAAGCGGCGUGCACGAGUGGCCUCGCCGUCCCUAAGCGAGACUCAGGAGGGGAAAAUCAAGCUAGCAUUCCUCGUGGCUAUGGUGGGCAUCACACUGACUGUACUAGCAGUGGGCACGGAAUUCUGGGUGGAGAUGGCACCGGCAAAGAACUUUUACAACAAUGAGACGUGUCUGGCUGCACACUAUGGGCUGUGGAAGAGCUGUACGAAGACUCUGUUGAUUGCUGAUGUUGAUCCUGAACGGAAAACCUGCGGCCCUCUCGACUUACCUGGAGUAUCAAACUGCACCUUCUUCAAGAUCUACACAACUGGAGAAAACACUGUCCUGUUUCGAAAGACACCGCCCAAGAAUCUGACUGUACUGUCUGCUAUGUUGGCCAUCUUCAGCCUCUUCUUGAUGAUGAUGGGAGCUAUUUGUAUCGUCAUGGCUAUUAGUAAAGGUGUACUGUUCUUCCUGAAGCCAGCCUCAGUCUGUUUUAUAUUAUCAGGUACCUUGGUCUUUCUGUCACUCAUCAUUUUCCAUCAGUCGGUUCUGUCGUUAUUGGCGAGUGACCACUCAGUUCCUUUACACUACGAACUGUCAUGGUCAGUGACGUGUGUGGGAUGUGCUGCUGCCAUACUAAUAGUUGCGGGAGGUUUAUUUCUUCUUCUAGCACUUCCAUACAGUCCUUGGGAAAAAUGCAAAUCUAACAGGAACAAUGGCAGCUUGUGA